UUUUCUUUCUCUUUCUUCUUCUUCUACCAUUAAUGAUUGACUCCCACCACCUUCUUCCCCAACCAAUUCCUCCAUAUCCUCUCGACACAGAGGUAAAAAUGUCCUUCAACAUUUUCACAUUUCUCAUUCUUUUUUUUUUCUCUAAUUUCUCUUCAAUUUUGUGAUUUUACAGUCUACAGUUUCGUUCUUCCACGAUCGAAGCACAACUCUCGGAACCAUAAUGGCAGUCAGUUUCCCAGCCAUUAUAUUCUGAGCUCCCUCCCAACGCCACCGCGAAACUCCUUUAUCAACUUCCGCCAUAAACGGAGCAAGAACAAUGAGUGGAUCUCGAAGAAGGUCUAACAAAUCCAAUGCCACGUCAUCAUCAUCGGUUGCGGAGAGACGAAGGCGGUGGUGGAGUCUUUGCAGAGAUGAGAACGAUGCGAAACCCACGGCUUCGUUGGGAGAUUUUUUGGAGAAUGAAAGGAGAUUUGGUGAUGGACCUUUUUAUGGUGCGACGCCUGAGCUUGAAGGUGUUGUUGUAGUUGACGAUGAUGAUGAUCGGAGGAGGAAUGGAAGGUUGUUGUUUGUUGAUGGGAGGGUUCUUCCGCGGCUUAGACGGAGAUGGAGAUUUCUUCGUCUUCUUGUCCCUCGUCUGCGGCAGUGAUUGGGUUUUGUCGAUAGAAAGAAGAAGAAGAAUAGCAGAAGAAGAAGAAAGAGAAAGAAAAAGAAAAAGAGAAAAAAAAAAGUAAAAAAAAAAAUUAAUUUUUUUAAUCUGAUUUUUUAAUUUUUUUUUAAAAUAUUUAUAAUUUUUUAAAAAUUAAUAUUACAUGGACCACUAAAAAUUUGCCAUGUGUACAAGUGCGUACACGUGGACAGUCCACCGUGACACUUAACUGUGAUUUUUUGGACGGAGGUGUGCAGAGCAAAACGGAACCGGAGUUUAGGUAGUUUAGCCGCCAAAAAUUCGGUUUUUGUGGUUAAGUGUUACAAACCGUAAAGUUCAGGUGGUUUAGCCGCCAAUAUCCCAAAAUAAAAAUAGAGGGAGUGGAGAGUACGUACCAAAGAUGUAGCAUCAACUUUGAGCUCGGUCAAAAAGAUGAAAUUCGGGGAGCGUGACCGAAUCAGGGACUUCAACUCAUGAACUGUAGAGGUCUGCCCCAACCCUCUACAGUUCUAAGAGAUGCCUCUCAUGGCUCCUGUGGAGGAGUAGUGAUCUCCUCCAUAGGGGUAUGAGAGUGGGCUGACCCAAAAGAUCCAGAGUCCUCAACCACGAAUGUGCCUUCCAUUGGCCUAGAUGAGAUCACAUUUUUUCCUUUAGUACUCCACUCAUCCAAUCCAAUGAAGUCGCUAUUGGAUAAAGAGAUAUCAUCUGAGGGCUUUUCCACUACAACUUUAGUAGCAUUAGCUCUGACAUCCGUAUCCCAGGGGAAGUCACGAAUAACCUCGCGAUGUUGGUGGAGAAGCUUCCAAGGGCAUGAACAAAGGGAUGUAGAGGCCUCAUUAACCUUUCUCUUCUUGAAAGGAGUGGUUCUUACAUUAGUCUUCGAGGUAGGUAGAA